CUACCAUUAACCUACCCAUAACCGUGACGUCCUUUACCACAAUUUCUAUUUCGGCGCGAGGAGUACUGAAUGGGUCGUAACGCGGAAGUAGCGUACACACGAAAUUAAAGACCAGUAGCAACGUAGCCCCCAGCUAGAGUGGCGUGAGCAAUAACCGGGUUGGAACCAGCUCUGUGUAGGUCAUAACGCCGGUGAUGGUACCGGUCGCAGUAGCGAUGGUACCGCUCUUCGAUCCGCCGCUGCAUUGACACUCCAACGAUUAAAUAGAGUAGCCCACCUAAGACCCAUAUCAUCGACACCGCCAAAUCGUCUCAAGGUACCCGACAUGGUGCACUCCUGCGAUGGUCACAGUUGGUGUCGUGCUGUUUUUGUUGCUUGCUUUCGGACUGACUACUCUCCAAGCCAAUGACGCCGAUCUGAUAAAACAACUAGUCAUUCAAUGGGCUCCGCUUGUAUGGAUAUCACCUGAAGAAAAAUAUUAUCCGUCAAGCAUUAACCACUUCCUCAAAAAUGUACAACUAGUUAACGAAAAUGGGAAAACUAUAAUGUUGCCCAUUAAUGGGACCGAUAUUCCUCAGUACAACACCAAGUCGUUACAACUAGUCACAACUUGUGAUUUAGAUAGUUUAAUAAAAUCUGGAAAUUCUUUCCUUAAUGGCCAUAUCCCCAAGAUGUAUUCAGUACCUACUUACGCGAUAAUAUCACCAUGUUCUCCCAACAGUUCGUUCCGUGCCAACAUCCUCUACAAGAAAACCAACCCCAACUUAUACUUUUCCGUCUCAUAUUGGACUUUUUACCCAUUCAACAAAGGAAAAGAUAUAUGUUUUCUAGGAAAAGUUCCCGUGGUACCCAUUUUUGGUCGCUGCUUUGGCCACAGGACUACUAUAGGCUCCCACGUAGGCGACUGGGAACACAUGACUCUGUUCUUCAAUGGCAACCCUUUCCCUUCUGAAAUGUACAUUGCCAUACAUAACACUGGUGGCUACUACACCCUAGCACCCCACCAGCAACACUUCAAGUUAGAUGUAUAUAGAAAAGUACUGAAACCCAAACUUCCCCCCAUUGUGCGAAUCCAGGGUGGGCAUCCGGUGUUAUUUUCUGCCACAGGGUCCCACGGGCUGUGGCCGGCCCCUGGAGAACACACGUACUCGCAAAUUCUGCAACUAAAGGACAAAUGUGGUUAUGGAACUCCGUGGAAGACGUGGAAGAAUUUAGAAAUUUACACAGUGGGCGAUUUUAAUCUGCCGAAUUGGUUGUCUUUUAAGGGGAGGUGGGGUAACCCCAAGUCGAAGUGUUUCUUGUUUAAGAAGUUUGGGCUUUGUGAAUAUACGGACGCACCGGAGGGUAUUCUAUGGCAUCAACAAGAUUUUUCAUGCAUUUAUAAAUGAAGCACAAUGUGAUAAUUUUGACGGGUGUAGAGUUAAAUAUAUAUUUGGAGUAGGCGCUGGUUAUUAUUUUCCGUUUUUGGUAACAGGGUAAUUAUUUUAGGAGAUAAGUAGGCAACCCAAUAUACUUCAAAACGUGGAUGAAGUCGGUUUGACAAAUUACUUUGUUUGCUUGAUAACAAUCAGU